CUUGGAAUUCCCAAAGUUCCCAAGUUCACGGGAGGAGCGUUGUGCUUUAGAAAACGUAUAGAAGAAAAAAACCGUGGAAUUGAGGUGUAAGACAGUGAGCUGAGCCUGCAGGGGGCGAUGUCUGACAACAGCAACAGCACAGGCAGCAGUGGCUCCUCGACAAACAGUUGGACCCUCCUCUCUCCUGAGGAGGCUGCUGUUGAGACUGUAGGCCCAGUAGACGAUGGAACCGAGAGCCUGGGCGAUGUCCCCAGUCUCUCUGAGGAAGUGGCAGGAGCCACCAUGGAAUUCAAGCCCAGUGAGAUUCUAGCUGAACCUAGCCUAUCUGAAGAGGGCCAUCAGGUGUGUCAAGAGACAUCCCCUGAGGCCAGCAAAGGUCCCAUCCCCUCUAGUCCCACUCGGUCAAGCCCACUUCCUCCGCAAACCUUUAUCCCACCCGACCCUGACCUGGAGAGUCAGCCUCCGGUUAUCCAUGACAUUGUAACCAGCUCCCCCAGUGACAACGAGCAACUUGGUGCCAUACCAUUUGUCACCAACCUCGACUUGGAGGCUCCACUUGACAUUCCUGUCACCGAACUCCUUCCAGCUGAGCCUGAGUCAAGGCCUGUCCUUCCCAUCCCCGAGAUAGACAUCCCUGCAGAACUUGUGCCAGAUACACCAGCUGAUAUCGGGCCUGUUCCUGAGAGCCCUGUUGAGUGUCCCACCCCUGCUGAUGAACCAGAUGCUGUCAUCCCCACAGAGACCCUUUCAGCCAGCGAUCUAUCUUCCCAUGUUGAUACUAUUAUCAGCCCCUCUCCAGAGAUUACUGAAACUCCAAGCUCAGUCCCCGAGAGCCAUGUGUCUGAAAGCACCAUCCAUGAUAGCCCUCUGAUAGAGACUGUUGGACCCUAUGAGGCAGAAGAAGAGCCAUCUAUGGAGAAGGAGCAGGCAGAAUUGUCUGAGGAGGUGUCCCACUAUGAGAAGGAAGAAGCUCCAACAGACCCAUCUAGCAGUUUUGACUUUGCAAGAGAUGAGACGAGCAGUGAUGAUGAUGGCCUGAGGAGAAGGAGCGUGCCUUCCUUCGAGACACAGAGACCAAGAACCUCAGAUGAGGAAGAUGAUGAUGAGGAGUUGGAGUUUAAGCUGGCAGAGAAGAAAGAGGAGAAGCGUGGGUUCUCACUUAACAAGUGCAUUGUGGGUGCUCUGGUCCUACUCUGCCUUGGUUCCCUCUUCUUCUCAGAUGACUUUGACUCCUCUGAACUGAAUGAUGGAGACCAAACCAAGGAUAUGAAUGAGCUGUUGGAUAAACUGGCACAGGAAAACCAGCAGAUCUCCCAACUGGAAGCACAACUACAGACCCAGAAAGAAGAACUAGACUCUGCACUAAAGGCAGCAACAGAAAAAGGUGACGAAAAGGGUAAAGAGGAUUUGGAAAAAGAAAAUGCCAAGAUGAAAGAAGAACUGUCAUUUCUACCUGGCCUGAGGGAAGAGCUGGAGACUCUGAGGGCCAGGGUGACCGAACUCACCCAAAUUACAGCUAAUCAGGAUACGGCCGCAACUACUCCCAGCUCAGCACCUACCCCUGGCGGCCAAACUGGGGAGAGCAAGCAGAGUGCACCCGGUCCUGAGAGAAGGAAAGAUGGAGAACGGAUGAAAGAAGAACUUCAUAGGCAGAAGGUUCUCCUGGAUGAGAGCAAGAAGAGGCUGGAGGGGAUGAAGAGAAGUGGUGGCAACCGGAAAGGUGUGACAGACAGCCUGAAGGAGAUCCAGAGGAGGCUCUCUGAACAGGUGGAGAAGUUGGGGAAAAAGAAGCCAUGGGAGGGCAAGUGGAGCGGGAACAAAGGCAAAGACAAUGGCCGGGACCACUGGAAGAAAGAGGACAAGAAGGAAUGGAAGGGCGAGAAAGACCGGAAACACGGCAAGGACAGAGGACAGUGGGAGAAAGAGGAGCGAAAAGGCAAGGACUGGAUGCUGCACAAGCAAAAUUCCCACAAAGAGGCGUGGAGGAAAUACCAGGAGGAGUGGGAGAGAAAGAAGGAUGAGCGCAGGAUGGACAGAGAGGAAAGAAGGAAGGAGAAACCGUGGCACAGUCAGCCAGCCAAGACCUCUCACAGCCACAAGCAUCAACAUCAUCAUCAUCAGCAACACCAGUCCCAACAGCCUCAUCAGUACAACCACAAUGACUUCUGGAGUCAUCAGGAGGAGAAGCUGAGGCACAAUGUCCGCCCCCUGGUGGGCUGCGGCACUAUGGAGGACUGCGCUGCGAAGGAGGGGCUCUACCCAGUGGAGCUGUCUGAGUUUGAGGAGCUGCUUGAAGGCUACCUGAGCAAACUAGACGGCUCUCCAUCCGAGAGCAAGGACCAGAUCCGGAAGCUGACCGCCAAGUUCUUCGAGGAUGGUGUGUUCAUCCACAACAAGUUCCUGUUCAGCGACUUUGCUGAGGAUGUGGCAGACAUUCUGGAGGACAUGGCAGAUGUUUUGGAGGAUGACGGGCCGGACAACAAUGACGACGACAAUGACGCACUGGAAGAGGAGAUGGAGGAGUUCGAGCGGGAGGCCCUGUGGAAGUUUUCCGCCACGGCUUGAAAUGGUAAUGGGAGAGGGCAACGGAGUAGAAAUAAAAACACCGUUGACACAUGGUGGUUUCACAGCAGGACAUGUGUUUCCAACCCUCUCUUAUGAAGAGCUGUAAUUGUAGUAGAAAAGUUCCUGGUAUAAAGAGUGAUCGUGCCUCGUAAAUGUGUCUCUCCCGGUCUUUAAUUAUAAGCUAGAGUAGUCUUUUGGGACUUAGUUGUUGUUACCUACCUCUGUCAGGUCACAUCUCCCAAUGCAAAGUCCUACAGUUACGUUGUGUUGUGUGGAUUUAUGCUGUUUAGUACUUUCUCAACACCUAAUGCAUGUUGCAGUUCAUUAGAUAAAUUCAAUAUUUUCUAUUUCAGAUUCAGAUUACAGAGACAAAGCAUAGGGAUAGCACAAAGCAGUGUUAAUCCAACCUGGAUUUAAAUAUCAUUGACAAAUAAUUAUACUUUUCACCUGCUUGGGAUACCAGCACAGUUGGGUUCACUGCAUCAGAACAUUUCACAUGUUAUCAGGUUAGAUGUCAAAAAGAGGAAUGUACUUUAAACUGGCUGGUCUUUUCUCUAUUUAACUAAAAUGCUCUGGUACUUAUUUUCAUGUGUGGCAGACUUCACAUAUCUGGUACUCCAGGCAGGUUAAAACAAAUGCUGGGAACUAUUUGCUAACAUCUUUACCCCAAGUCCGAUGUACUCUUCCAAUCCCAGAAGAUCUCCAGAUCUAUCUCCAGAGUACACAGUAAUGAGAAUCGGAUCAGGUCAAACGAGUUCUGUCUGCAGCUCUUUAUUAGAUUAAGGCAAACACACCGUGUGCUGUUUGAGAGGCCUCAACGUUGGGUUUAGAGACCAGACUGGUGUUUCACCCUACCAAGUCCAGCUGUCAGUUGGCAACAACAUGCAGAACAACCAGGAACCAGUUUAGACAUGACACAUUCAUGUUAAAGCUGCUGAAAAGGCGAUAGUACAAACUGAUAGCCAUAGUUUAGAUGGGGGAAAAAACCACUUUGGCACUUUGUCUCACACACACACAUCGACCAAGCCAAAUUAUUUCUCAGUUGUUUUGAACGCUGUCGUCGAGAUUCUCUUGACCAGUAGUUCUUGGUAAGUUUUGUAAUGUAGUAGUGGGGGCAGCCAACACAUGACCACACGUCACUGCAUAUUCCAGUAUAUUUCUUUCUGUAGCAUGGGGAAAAAAAGUGUUUACCAAGCUACAGUAGUCUCUAUCGAGAACCGAAAAGUGUUAAUUUCACAAUAUUUUUAUCAUUCACCAGAAGAGAUUGACUACCAAGCCAUGGUUUCUCUGUGCAAGGCGAUGGAUGACAUGAGUUAUUGAAGGUGGGACCUCCAGCCCAGUACAGUGUCAUACAAUUUGUUUAAUAUAUGUACAAUUUUUUUGGGGGGGGGGGCGUUCCCCCUUUUUCUCCCCAAUUGUAUUCAGCCAAUUAGUCCACUCUUCCGAGCUGUCCCGGUCACUGCUCCACCCCCUCUACCGUUCCGGGGAGGGCUGCAGACUACCACAUGCCUCCUCCGAUACAUGUGGAGUCGCCAGCCGCUUUUCACCUGACAGUGAGGAGUUUUGCCAAGGGGACGUAGCGCGUGGGAGGAUCACGCUAUUCCCCUUCCCCCCUGAACAGGCGCCCACACCGACGAGAGAAGGCGCUAAUGCAGCGACCAGGACACAUACCCAUAUCCGGCUUCCCACCUGCAGACACGGCCAAUUGUGUCUCUAGAGACGCCCGACCAAGCCGGAGAUAACAUGGGGAUUCGAUCCGGUGAUCCCCGUGUUAGUAGGCAACGGAAUAGACCGCUACACUACCCGGACACCCGUGUCAUACAAAUUAACAUGCACACAGAUGGUUGGUAGCUUGAUUUCUGUAUUGAAAUGGAUGAAUAGGUACUGAAUUCAUCCAAAGGAGGUAUAUUGGGGACGGGUUUUCUUUUGGUCAUUGGGUUAAACAAAAGUCAAGACUGCACCAUGUGGCGCUGUUGAUUUGCACCGUUGCCACAAAGUGGGAAGCCUCUACAUUUUGUGAUUAGAUUUUUUUCUUCUCUUGUAUGGUUUCUGUUAUUCAUGAUGUCAGCACCUGUGCGAUGAACCCCACCCACAACUCUUUCAUGUUCGAGGUUCAAGGCGCGGAUCAAGAGGUCUUGGUUUUGGUUCAUAAAUGUCGCUGAAGGCUGCGCUUUCAUGCAUUUCAAGUUUUUUGUUUUUUUCCUGUCACAGCACUGCAUUACUUUUUUGUUCCCUAAUGUCUAGUCAGAAGAAACCGUGCACAUCGCAGACAGUGUACAAUGAAUGUGGAACAAGUUAGUAAUUUUUGUCUUCAAAAAAGCUUAUUUUGCCAGCUACUGCUUAUGUGCCUUUGCUUUUCCCUGACGGAUUGGACAAAAAAUGCUCGAUAUGUUGGAUUGAUUUGCUUCUGCAAGCGCAAAAGACCUUAGUUUACAAACUUUUUUUUUUUUUUGCUGAUUUAAGGGCCGAGAUUGAAUGUAAGAGAGUUUACACAUCAAGUGUUCAGUUGAUUUUGUUUGUCUUCACCGGUGUGUGCAGAAAUAACUGGGAUUAUUUCUUUUAAUGCUAAGGCCAAAGCUUAACAUUUAGACAAUAACCGAACAGAUGAGUCCUGUCAUGAAACACAUUUGUGAGACUUAAAAUACCUUCUCUUUUUUUUCCCCCUCCUCUUGCUCUGGACAACAAAAGGGCUGUGUGCGUCAGACCCGUCUCUGAUGUGCAUGACACUGAUCCUAGAUAAAUAUCCCUGCUAAAAUGAAAUUUGAGUUAUUUAUUUUCCCCACUCGUCACUCAUGUCUCCUUGUAGCAGGACAGUAACUAAGCUUAAUAAAGUUUUCAGUUUUCACC